GGCACGUCCAACGACUUGGAUUGCGAUACCGUUCAGACUAUGAGUGGGAUACAGAAUUACUCAAAGACGAAAAAAUUGGGUGAAGGUACCUAUGCCGUGGUUUAUUUGGGAACGCAGUUGAGUACAAGCCGAGAGGUGGCAAUCAAGGAGAUCAAGACGGAAGGGUUCAAAGAUGGGCUAGACAUGUCUGCCAUCCGAGAGGUGAAAUAUUUACAGGAGUUACGACAUGCGAAUAUCAUUGAGUUGGUAGAUGUUUUCAGUGACAGCAGACAGAACCUAAAUUUGGUUUUAGAGGUUUUGCCAAGCGACUUGGAAAAAGUGUUACGUGACAAGAACACCUUCAUUGGUGGUGUUGAUAUUAAGCGUUGGUUGUUAAUGAUACUCCGAGGAGUCUACCACUGUCACAGGAACGGGAUUUUGCACAGGGAUUUGAAGCCGAACAAUUUGUUGAUGGAUCCUUCGGGAAAUUUAAAGAUUGCUGAUUUUGGUUUAGCCCGAAGUUUGGAUCAACCGACAGAGAAACUUACUUCUAACGUUGUCACCAGAUGGUACCGCGCGCCAGAGCUUCUAUUUGGUGCCAGAUUAUACACUGCUGCCGUCGACGUCUGGGCCAUCGGUACGAUUUUCGCAGAAAUGAUGUUGCGGACGCCGUAUCUGCCUGGUAGCGACGAUGCAAACCAGUUGGCAGUCACCAUCCAGGCGUUGGGUACCCCGACAGAAGAGAAUUGGCCUGGUGUGAGUCAUCUCCCGCUGUAUAACAACUUAACCGUUUACCCUGCACCGACGCGGGCGGAAUUGAGAAGACGGUUUGUGGCGGCAAGUGAAAUGGCGCUUGAGGCUAUGGAAGGUAUGCUUAUUAUGAACCCAUCAGAGAGAUGGACUUGUGAACGUGCCUUGCAGAGUGGCUACUUUCUCGAAGAACCUAUCCCUUGAUAGGUGUGGAGGUCAGUGCUUGCAUGUAUUCAAAAAAAGCUAACAGGAGCUUUCUUUCCUGAACAAAUAAUUCUUUUCUAAACACUGGUAUAGUUGGUGUGUUAAACUCUCCUUCGAGGCUUUAAGCAAAAAUAUUACUGAAACCUCAAGCUCUGUAACCUGCGCUGCAUACAAAGAGUAUAAGUCCAAGUUAUGUCAGUACUCUUCUCACAACUUCACUACAUGUAAGUUGUUAGCCUGACAAAAUCUUUUCAACAUAUGAAGUGACUUCAAGUACUUUACAUUCAAGAGGUGACUGUAAGGUUCAGGUAGGUUGAAGGAGCUGAUCAUACCUGAAUAUUCUAAUUAAUAAGUGAUAUAAUUUUUGGUCAAAUGUGGUUCACUUCACAAUGGAGAGUCAAACACAACUCAGCGGCA